AGGGGUACGAAUAGGAAAUAACUACUGAUGAAUACGUGAACUUGUGUCCAAUACAGAUGGAAUUCAGUUUAGAAGUCAACAAUUGGAAAUCAGGACAGAAGAGAAAGUUUUUUUUGAUGAGGCAUUAGUGUAGAAGUAACUAGUAGUCAAUAAGCCUACGGUCGACCGACACUGGAGUGAAAUUUUCUUGCUACCCUUGGUGUUUACAGGAAAUUUAUUUUCACUAAAAUGUCUGUAAAUAAUACCGCCGCAAAUUUGUUGAGAAGAAGUAACGCAAUAUCGUCGAUAUUAUAUAAUAAAUACAAGGUGAUCGGUACCCAAGGAAGACAGUUUCAUGAAACUAAGGAAAAUAGAUUCGCUGUCAAAACUGCGACUAAUCCAAAACCUGAUUGGAAUAGAGCUGUAUCUGAGGCUGAAAAAAUAGUCGGAUAUCCGACAUCAUUUUUGAGCUUGAGAUGGCUUCUGAGCGACGAAAUUGCCAAUGUUGCUCUUCAUUUAAGAAAGUUGGUCGGAUCUAAUCAUCCUCUUCUAAAAACAGCCAAGAGUCUCAUAUAUAAUGGCCGCAAUAAUAUGCAGGCAUGGGGCCUCAUUGUACUUUUAAUUUCAAAAGCAGCUGGCCAUUUGAGUGUCGAUGAUAUGGAGGAGGACAAAGCUGCCGGAGUCUUACACAGUCAGAGAGCACUAGCUGAGGUUACGGAAAUGAUACGGACGAGUCAUCUUGUUCAUAAGGGUUUGGUAAAUAUCCAACCUGGAGUUUAUCCAGAGGCAUCUGAAAUGAACGAUAUGACGUUCGGUAACAAAAUUGCCCUCUUAAGUGGUGAUUAUCUCCUGGGUAACAGCUGCGCAGAGUUAGCUUCGCUUAGAAAUCAAGAUCUUGUUGAACUGAUGUCAAGCGCAGUUCGUGACUUAGCAGAAGGUGAAUUCGUUGGGCGAAGAGAUAAUCAGAAUAAUCCGUUACCAUCUAUACCACCUGCAGACCGUACCGGAUAUGCAGUUACCGAAUGGACAUUUAGGAAUGUUCUAAGUGCUGGUGCUUUGCUCGGAAAGUCUUGUCAGGGAACCUUGAAGCUGGCUGGUCAUAGCGAUGAAAUACAGGAGCAAGGCUAUAAUUUUGGAAAACAUUUGGCUCUUGCCUGGCAGGCUUGUUUAGACUUGGGUCCAUUCACUGGUAAAGAUCAAACUGUACCAUUCAGUUUGUGCUCUGCACCAGUCAUGUUUCAUAUCGAACAUGAUCCCGCUAUUUUAACUGAAAUUGACAAAGGACUGGAAUCUGUUCAGAACGUGGACUACACCAAGGUACAUGAUAUUAUUGUGUCAGGACCUGGUGUUGAACUGACAAAACAGUUACAAAAGGAGCACUCGCAGCGUGCUAUGGAAGUAUUAGCUGUAUUUGAAGAAAGUGAUGCAAGAACAGCAUUAUCAAAUAUCAUUGUAGCAAUGGGAGAUUUUUGACGAGAAUUAUAUCAAACGUACAGUGAGACUUGAGACAUAAUUAGCCCAGAAAUCAGUUCUUCCAAUCCGUCCAUUGUUAAGUUUGAAUAGUAUUAGAUAUCAAAUAUCUCCACUACAGAGUGGUCAUGAUCAAGAUUCAGUAUAAAAUACUAAAAAAUCUUCGUGAGUAUUACUAUUGCAUCAUUAAAUGUAAUUGACUUGUGCAACUACAUCGCGUUUUUAUCAAGACAUAUUUUUAUUAUUACUAUUAUUAUUAAUACAUGGUAGUGGAACAAACGCAUGCAUUGUACAGAGGUAUUAUAGAGAUCAAAAUCGCGAUAUUUUAUAGCACAAAUGAACUAAUCGACUUGUUUACUAUAAUAAAGAAAUUUAUAUUUUUAUUACACUAUCUUGAGAUUUAUGAAAUUAUCUGUGUCUAUAUCCUCCCAAGAAGCAUC